GGGGCCGCCGCGCGAGACGGGCGGAAGCCGCGACGGCAGCGCCGCGCCCGGCCCGGCCCGGCCCGGCCCCAGACGGGGCCUCGCGGGCGGCGCCGGCGGCUGCUGAGGGCUCGCGCGGGAGCUGGUGGGGGAAGGGCGCUGCCCCGCGGGGAGCCCGCCGAGAGAGGCGGCCGUGGUGUGGCAGGGCGAAGGAGUUUUUACAGUCCCCUGUGGCAGAGACUGUAAAAACUGUGGCUAAAAAAAAAUUAGAGUUAAUUAAAAAAGGAAAUGCAAAUGGCCUCGGUUCCUGUCAUAAAUGUUGUCAUCUGCAAGACAGUGUCAUGGGCGAGGGGGACUUCUGUGCAAUCUUCUGAAGAGAAAGACAUGUGAAACAGGUCUUCAGGGAGUGACUGGGGAAUGGUUUGAAGAAAUACAAAGAAAAAAAUUUCAGAAUAACACUGAUGUCAAUAGAAUGCUGAAAAAAACACUAGAGCAUCAGCUAAGGAAGAGCAAAAAGACCAAUCAUAAAGAAUUUAAAAUGUCAUCCCGCACAAAUCCUCAAGCACAAAAGAACACAUCAGCUUCCUUUUUGGGGUUCAGAUCACCUUUUGCUUGGCUUUUCUCCUUCAGAAAAACAAGGAAACAGCAGACUCAGAAGCAACCACGAUAUGACAGUUCUGCUAGCACAUCUUCAAAAGUGGAAAAAAUGGCAACAGCUGAAACAUAUAAUUCCCCAAUGUCAACCGAACCAAGCUGUCAUUCUUUUGAUACAAACCAAGAUGAAUUGAUGGAAAGAGGUACCCAAGAGUGGAGUGAACAGCUAGAGAAAGAGUUCUUCCGUGUUUUAGAUGAUCUGGAUGACCAGCUGGCCCAAGAACAAGCCCAAGAUCCUUUAGACAAGACAGUUUCUAUUAACAGUGCAACAAAUGUGCCAUACAGUAAUGCAUUUCCUACUUCAGAGAGGCAGACUACUCUUAGAGGUAAACACAGAAACAACUGGAGCAAUGUACCUAGCACGGUUUUCCCAGAUGGACUGAGAACAAUGAGAGCCAAAGAUGAACACAAGAUUUUCAUCAGACCAAGGAAAUUACGCAAUGCUUAUAUAAACUGGCACCAGGCAGCCUUUAAAGAAGAUUACAAAUACAGUGAUCCAGUUGAUGGAAAUCCUCAUCUGCUAAGCAGGAGGCUGUCUUCUAUUUCUUUUGGACAGUCUUCAGAAGGUAGCUUGUAUCCUCCUUCCAUAGCACAGAACAGUGGAUUUAGGCACAAGUGUUUUAUGAACAGGGAUACAGCUGGGAGAGGUUUCUCUGUAUGUUCCCUUCAGAGAUGUCCAUCCUCAGUAUCUUCAGACCAGCUAUCAGCAUCUAGUUUACAACAUCCAUUGGCAAGGGAGAGCAACAAUGGUUUUAUACCAAGGUUUGGUCAACAAAAUCCAAAGAGAAUUCCUCUGUCUUCUAUUGUAUGGAACAAUACACCAGACUCUCCAGCACAAACAUCAGCUCAAGAAAAGGUGUUUAGAACCCAAUCACUGGUGGAGUUUCAUGCAACAGACCAUGGUAGAUAUACUAGCCCUUUGCAAGAAAGUAGGAAAUAUGCUUGUUGCCAUUCAAAACACCACUACAGAAGAUCUUUUUCAAGUAGUAAUUGUUUCAGUAGAGUGAGUUGUCCUGACAAAGCUGCUUCGCCAUUGUACUUUGAUAACUGGGAAAAUUAUCCAUUAUACAACUCAGAAAAUAAUCUCUCUAGGUCCUGCUAUAGAGAUACUUCUUCUCAUGGCAAGUUGCAUACAAAUCAAAAAAAUUCUCCCUAUGGGAAAAAAGAUAGCUAUCCUUCUUGGGCUGAUAUACCUCAGUACCACAGUGAUAAAGUGUUUAUUUCCCCUGAUGCCAACUUUGAAGUGGUUAUGGCUAACUUAAAUGACUGGCAGUGGACACAUACAAAGAAUGCCAAGUAUGCUUCACAGCGCCUGCAGAGUGAUUUUCACGUACAUUCUCCAGAAAGUGAGAGUAUCAAAAAGAUAACAAGAACUGUAAGUAAUAGAACUCUUUCAGAAUUCACUGAAGGCUGUCAGCCUUGGCUAAGUUGUCACUCUCCAGUUUCUUCAUCUGGCACCAGAAGCGAUGAGCCAGUCUUUCCUGAUUCAAAGAACCAGACAAAACCUAUAGGACAGAACAGCAAUUCAGUCAUUGUUACUGAAAGAAGUAGUAAGAUGAACUUCAAGCAACUAGACAAUGUUGAAGAUAAGAAACUGCCGGAUGAAGUAGAUAUUAAAGACAUGACAUUACUGUCAGUUUCUCAGCAAGCAGAUACAAACUACACCAACACCCAGAGUUUUCCCUGCAAUAACUCUGCUUCUGCCAUCCUGCCAAACAAUGCAUCUCUCUCUAACUCACUGAGAUCAAAGAGACAACCCCAAGUCACUGCCAGAAGAGAGACUGCAAAAAUGUAUACAUCAAACAGUAAUAAAAGAAACGUACAAAUGAAGGAAAAUGAUUGCCCACCCGACAGUGUGUUCAGUCAGCCUCCCUGUAUUUUGCCAGCUGAUGAGAGCAGAAAGGAAUCUUUUCUUCCAAGUCAGAAACCAUGGGAACAUAAUCUGCGUUAUGCAACAAAAAGAAAAAGCAUCAAAGUGGAUAAUCAGAGUACGGAAACAGUUAACCAAGUUACUGCAAAGGGACAGUCUUCACUGGUGGAUGUUGCUUCUGCUCCAUCCACUGAAAAGUUAGUGAACCAUCAAGGCAUGGUGUCCAGUCCUCCUGAAUGUUCGUCUAGUUCCUCACAAAGCUCUCCACAAGCACUUUCUCAUAAAGACAAUUUAAAAUGUUUAGAAACACUAACUAACUCUUCACUAAAUUGCAUAGUUACUGAAUCUCAAGCAGAAGGUGGAAAAACAGCUCAAGUGAGCAGAACGGAUGUUACUGAAAAGAUUUCACAGAAAACAUCGCAAAAUCCAAGCACAUUAGUUACUAAGGACUGCAAUAGACAGUCCACUACUAGUUCUCCACGAAAUGAAAGUUUUGGAAAUAUUUAUGCACAUAGCUUUGGAGACCCCAAGACCUCUGAACAUAGUUUAAAUUAUUUUUGCCUUGAAAAAGAAAGUGGAGAAAUAAGGAAUAAUUCACCUUGUAUUGAAAGGCUUAACAAGCAAGACAGCUUGCUGACAUACACCAGUAGCUGCAGCAUUACUGGCUCCCCUAGCAAAAACAACCCCAAAUCUCCUGAUCCACUUGUUAUCUAUUAUACCUUACCUAGAAAAUCAGCUAGCAUUGCUGGUAGUAUCAUGUCAGAUACAGCCAUCUCUUUCCCUAGAGAGAGUAGAACAAGCACAUACAAUUGUUCAAGGACUGAAACUCCAAACAGAACUGAUGCCUUUUGUUCUAAUCAAAGAAGUAUGUUCUGUUUAGACUCAAAAGAUUCCUUGUUAACAUCAGCACCAUUAAAUGCUGCUACAAGUAUCCAAGAAAAAGAUUAUCCUUUCAACAAAAGUCCUAAUGAUUCAGUAAGCGGUAGUACUUCAGUCGGGCUGACAGACAGCUGUAACGAUCUGACCAGAAGAGGAUACUCUGGGUUUUCAGAUUGUAAGGAAAGGGGAAAUUGUUUGCAGAAAUAUAAAACUACAAGCACAUUUACAGUUUGUGUUGAUGAAGAUCAUGUCAAAUAUCAUGAACUAGUUUCAAUCUAUUACACAUUACCACGGAGGCAUUCUAGAACAUUUUGUAACCUCUUUAGGGAUAAUUCAGAGGAUGCAGAAUUGCCUCUUCCAAAAGAAAACUCUCAGUCACCAAGAAUACAUAACAAGAAAAGUGAAGGUCACAUGAGUUUAGCAAAUGUAUUUUUCCCUAAUACUUUGGAAAAAGAGGUGCCUUCAUAUUCUUCUGACCAGGUGCCUUCAGCUCUGGUCACACCUGAGAACUUAGAAACUGCUGUUGACAGUAAAGACGAGAAUUCCCACUUACCUCCUAGCUCUGAGAAGGUAUGUGCUUCAAAGGCAGUAAGUACAGUACGUAUUAGGAAAGAUACUUCACCAGUUCUUUCCUUAGCAGAAAGUACACUUCCUGACAUGAGGACAACAGACAUUUCUUUUGGUGAUCCACAGUCCAUUGCAACAGUGGGUAAUGCAGGCAAGGCCACUUCUGGUGCUUCAUGCAAUCAAAAUACAGAAACAUGUCUGAAAGAAAAGAAGGGAAUUUUGCAAACAGCCACACCACUGAUCUCUGCUUUAUCAACCCCUCCCAAAUCAGGCAGACCUUUAGAGGAUCUUUGUUAUUCAACUUCAGUAAAUAAGAAUAGUGUACAGAGGGGAAACUCUGAAAACUGCUCUCAGCCUACUAAAGUAAACACAAAUAAAAAUCAGAACAGUUUACUGCUCCACACAAGAGAGAAAAGUUCUCUUGGUAGGAACAGUAAUUCUAAUGUGCCAAUUCCUCCUGCUGAAGAUAGAUACAGGGAUACUAUGGAAGUCAAACAAAGAGAAAGUCUCCUACACCAAAUCACUGCUCUGUACAGUAAUAAAUGUAGUGGACUGCAAUUGAGAACUGACAAUUCAAGGAACAGCACAAAUGAUUGUAACAAAAUGCUUUCAGAAUCUCAGAACAAAGCACCUGAGGUAGGCACAGCUUCCAGUGCUGACCCGGUACUUCAGCUAGACAAAAUGGGUAGCACAGAUACGGAUGAGUUAAACAGUUCAGAAAUUAAAAGAGCGCAGAACUUGCAGAAUACUGAGAUGGGUAAAGAGUACACUGGCCUGCAGGAAUCGGGGAGGCACAGUGAAGAUAGCCUGAACAUUAUUUGUAAAGAUAAAGUCCUUAAGGUCACACAAGAUCAAAAGUUAACACAGAAUGCAGAAAAUGAGAGCAAGCUUCUCUCUGGCUGCACAAGAGACAAAGUAAAAGAUACAGAAAAAAGGAAAAAUAGACCUUCAAUUAAAAAUAAACUGGCAGCUGUUUACAAAACAAGUCGAAAAUUUUCAAGUAAAAAUUUACCCCCAAAGCCACACAUCAGUAAUAUUUUCUCACUGAAUGAUGGAAGUGCCUCUUCUCUAGAGGCUGACAUGCCCCUUGACUCAUUGCUUUCAGCAGAUUCCAAUCAGUCGUUUCUGCAGUCUGCAAAUGAAAACCAGAAUCAUAGUCUGGACCCCGAAGGGAAUAUCCCAAUACAAAGAACAGCUGAGAGGAAGAAGAGUGAAAAUGAAAAUGAUCUUUUUUUGCUUGCUAAUAACACAAAUUGGAGGUCUUUUACAAGUUCUCACACCCAGAAGGACACCAUCAGUCCCCCAAAAAACGCAAUAAAAGUGGAAAACAGGCCAAGUCUUGCAACCCCAUUUCCAGAUAAAAUGGCCACAAGAAAUAAGAAUUCCCAAACAGUUCAUCUUGGGUUAGAAAACAGAAGCCAACGUCUCUCCCCCUGUGCUACUACACCAGACCCAGUGGAUGAUGAGAAAAGAAGAGCUAGCAGUAGUGGGUGCAGUCCUCCCUUGCCACUUCUAACUGACAAAAACUCAAACCCGUUUAUAAAUGACUACUUGCAGGCAGACAUCUGUCCAAAGCAAAGCUUGACUUCUCAGAUGGCAUUUGGUCAGCAUCAAAAUACUUAUCAGUCUAAUAGCUUAAAAAAUGCGAACCUGCAUAGUGAUCAGUUGCGCAAGAGUCAUGCAAAAAAUCAACGUGAGCGUCACAUUUCUGAGGGUACUUGUGCUCGAGAUUCUCAUGACAGCUUUGCCUCUGGAAGCAAUAUUCUACCUAAAGAUAGUAAACAUGGGAAGAGAUUUAAAUCUUACUCGGAGCUGUUGUCUUGUGACGAAAAUGAAAACUGGGCAUCUGACAAAGUAAAAAGUUACAGCACUAGGAAUUUGAUCUAUCCUUCUGUUGAAUUUGGUAUAUUCGGCAAAGAACAACAAUUGGCUUUCCUGGAAAAUAUCAAGAGGUCGCUCACGGAGGGGCGAUUAUGGCGGCCUUGCCUUCUUAAUAACCCUGGCUCUUUCAGAGAUGGAGAGCGCCCUUGUUUAAGCAGAUCUGAGCUUUUGAGCUCAAGCUCUACCGGAAGCAAAAUAUCAUCAGCUGCUUCAUCCCCCAGAGAGCCGACGGAACUCUGUCAGGGCGAGCCAGCAGCUUACUCGGACUCGGACACUGAUACUACCACAGAUGAUGAAUAUUACCUAGAUGAGAUAGAUAAAGAAUCAGAACUAUGACAACUUGUGGUACUAAGAUAGCAAGAUAGCUCAGUAGUUUCUGGGCAGGCAAAAACGUGAAAUAUUUUGAGCCUGUUCUCGUGCUGCUAUAAAUUGGUACAAUUUGAUCAGUUUUAAAGAAGUUAGUAUCUUAUGUUACAUGAGCGUUUGACUUUUUAUAUUAAAUAUGUGGCUUCAACAUUGUUCUUCCUAGAAGAAAAAAGACCUUCCCAAAAUUUUAAAAGAUAAAUGACUGUAGAGCUUUGGGCAAUAUAACGUUAGAGGUGGCUUUCCACUGACAUGAGCAAGCACUGGAUCAGGCUCCUGCCAACUAAGUACAACAGUGUUUCCUUAUUUAGCAGAUCGUGAUAAUGGCAAUCCAUCCCGCCCAACACACAUCCACACAAAAUGAAAAUAUUUCAAUGUUUGUAGCAUACUCCGUAGGAAUGCUCCUUCCCUGUACUCUUGGGAAGCAGGCCGCAGCAAUGUCAGCGGUGGAGUUUGUUUCGCGAUACAAGCUCUGGGUUCCCCGUGCUGGGUUCCGCACUGGGAUUCCUGGGGAGGUUCAUCAUUGCGGUAGUUCUGACUGCAGCUGAGGUGGUUUGCCGGAUGGCUGCCCUUGUUUUAGGAACAGGCUAAUUUGGGUUCAUAAUCUGGCACAGUACAAAAUGUAAGAGAAUGUACCUUAUUUAUAUCCUAUAUAAAUUGGGUAGGUUGAAUCCUAAGCUGUCCUAACAGUGGGAAGGCAAAUGUGACCCUGCGAUGACUUGUUGCUUCCUGCAAAAAGUUGCAGUUCUUUGACUGACUCUGUGCCUAGAUGGUUCCCGUUAUAGCGCAGUGCAACCAUUGGGCUACUUCAGGUUUACGCUGCCAAAAGCAGUCUGAGAAAGCACUUUGCUGGUUCAAGAUUGUGCUGUACAAAACUGGUAAUUUGUUUUCAUAUGAAGUAAAUAAAACUGGUGGAAAAUCCUCCAUGCCCUUUGCUAAAUUACCUUUUCCUUUCAAUAUUUUUCAGACGUGCUCUCUGUCACCACAGAACUUUUUAUCUUCUGAGCUUAAAGGCUGCAAACAUUUUCCUUCAGCUAUUCCUCGGCCACACUUGUAAAUGUAGCUUUAUUAUUCAGUAGCCAAAACUCAUCCCUAGCCAUUAAAUUUCUAACUUAGCUUUGACCUCUUGACAUGCAAAAUCACAAGUGGCUCAUUGAGCCAGAAGGUAGUAUUUUUAAACAAUUAUACAGCAUUUAUUUUUAUUUUAAUAAUUUCAAAUACAGUCUAAAAUGUUGAUCCAUAUUUUGAUAUGCUUUUAAUUAAAUAAAAUUUCUGUAAAACAUAAUUAUAUUUUUGUAACUGGAAGGACAGUAUAUUGAUAUUUUAAAUAAUAUAUUUUAAACAAAACAAGCAAUGCUUGUAUCACUGAAUACUCCACAAGAAUCUAAAAGAGAUGAGAAAUACUGUAGUAGGUAACUGGUAUCCUUAUUUUUUUAUACUGUAAACUUCGUUAAAGAAGUGGAGCUAUAAUUCAACUAUGUACUGAAAUGUAAGUAUUAUUACUUUAUAUUAUGAUAAAUUGUCUUUUGUUGUACAUAAAAGGACUAAUAUAAACUGUGUAUUUAUAGUCAGAACUGUUCUUUACGACAUACCUGUUCGGGAAGGAUAUAAGCGUAUACUGACAUGUAAUACUGGAAGGAAAUAACUGCCAUGUAAUUGUAAUCUUGUAAGAUGGGCUGUUCUAAGGAGAAGUUAUGUUUUUCUGUAAAUGGUUCUACUCCAUAUAUACAGGAUUCUGUAGAGUAAGACAAUAAAACCAACCUAAUAUUAGUGAGGAAUUUCUGCUGCUCUUCUGCUGCUGCAAAAUAUGUUAGUCCAAACACUGGGAAUACCAGCCUCCAUAAGUUAAACAAUAAUAAAAUAAAUGUUUACAAGGGAGGUAAAUGGUCAUGCAGUUUUGCUUGACUAGAAAUGGAUUGUUUAGAAUAAUUAUAUAGAAUAUUUUUAUUUGUAAAUAUUUUCUAUCUGCUCAGUAGAAUUUGGAUUAAGUUCUCACCUUACUGGCAUAAAAAGGUUUUCAUUUGCUAUGUUAUGUAUGUACAGUAAAUCAGGAGGUUUGAUUUAAAGUAAAAAAUAACAGCUUUUGGUCAUAAAUCAGUUAUGCAAGGCCACAUUCUGUUGAGGAUCUGUAAACUAAUAUUUACAUAGAAUGAUGCUAUUCUGUAAAAUAGUCAAUUUUGUGAAAACAUAGGGAGAAAAAUUAUUUGAAUAAAGAGAUCUGCUCCAUUAGCAGAGCCAGAAUUUGA